CCGGUGAUUCUUAACUGCAUGUCAUAUUUUUAUCCGUUUAAAGUAUUGUUAAUCAUUCAUGUAGGAUUGCAUCAGCCUUGCAAUAGUGCAGUAAAGGAUUGUCAGAUCGCAAUGGUUCUACAAGAAUUAUGUACAGAAUUAAAACGCUUUCAGAUAUUUAUCUAUUGAACACAAGAAUGGUCUCAUGCAGUUGGAAAAUCACAAAGUGAAAAUCUAACUAUGAAGGGACCUUCGCCAUCAGAGGAAAAGAUGUCAUCAAAUACUUCCCCUCAUUCAGAAUCUCAGAUGGUUUCGUCUGUGCUUGAAUCAUCAACAAGUCAAAAUAUAUCCAACCACUCUGUCUCUCAGCCAGUUUUAAAUCCUGGAGAAACUAAUAGUAACACAACAAUGGAAAUAGUCUCCACCAAGUCUGCCGACUCAGCAUCAACAGAAAUCUCUUCAACCAAGGAACCAAGUGUCAGUACAGAAAUUACAAGUCCAUUAAAGCCUACUGAAGCUAAUGGUAACACAAUAAUGGAAGUAACACCUGACAUCACUGCAAACCCAGCAUCAACAAAUGUCUUGUCAGGCAAAGAAUUGAAUUCUAGUAAAGGCCAUGCAAAUGGUAUGAAUGUUGCAGAAACUACAAAUUCAGUGCAGAAAGAAGCAAACCAUAAUAUAAUCAGCAGUGCCCUGACAUCACUCUCAGGCUAUGGGCAGUCUGAUAGUGAGGAUGAGAGCAUGGAAGAAGACCCAGCCCCAGCUCCAGCCCCAGCCCCAGCCCCAGCCCAAGCCCCAGCCCCAGUCCCAGUCCCAGUCCCAGUCCUGACCUCAAAUACAGCCACCUUGCUAAAUAGAACAUCUCUAGAAAGCACUCAGUUAAAGUCAACCUUACCUCAUCAGUCUGUUAAUGAUGGCAAAGUGCAGCAGUUGUCACAGCUUCCCCAGCGUAAUGAAGAUCAGAGCAAUAAGAGCAACCAGAACAAAGAGCAGACCUUUACCACUUUUGCAUCAAAGGACAAGACCAAUCCUGAGGUGGAGGUUUUGGGUGUCGUCAAUACAGGCAACUACAGAUUCACACUUGAUGUUGGCAGUGGAUCUGAUGACUCAGAGAGCGACUCUAACAUGUCAUCUUCUUCAUCUUCAUCCUCAUCAUCCUCUGAUAGUGAGAGCGACUCAGAAGAAGUAAUACCCAAGAACCCUGUUGUCGAACAGGUUCAAAAGCCCAAAGUAGUGAAGCAGAACAACCAAAAACGAGGUAACCUGUGCACCCAGGGAGAACUGAUGUUGGAUGACCUGCCACCCAUCGAGGAUUUGUAUAUAUCAGUGCCAGAAGAGCAAGCACAUCCUAUUGGUACCGUCUUUAGCAUUGUUGAACAGCAAGUGGUGGUCCAGGGCUUCCCCAAUAUCCCACCCAUAGACCUGGACUCGGUGCUCUUCCUGGAAAAGGGUCAGCGGGCUCUGGGACAGGUCUUCGACGUGUUUGGACCAGUGCAGGAGCCGCUGUACGUAGUGCGCUUCAACUCCUCCGAGCACAUCAAGGAGUUCAAGGUUGACAAAGGCGAUCAUGUCUACUUUGCUCCUACAACCGAACAUACAAACUUUGUUGUCGUAGACGAGUUGAUGAGAAUGAGGGGAAGUGAUGCUUCAGGGAUGCAGAACAAUGAACCUCUGCCGUCAGAACAUGUGGACUUCUCCGACGAUGAAGAAGAAGCGAGAGUCAAUAGGGAGAGUCGACAGAGCAAGUACACAUCAGGCACAGGCGAGUACCAGUCACAAAAGAAACGCAUUCGUGGGCAAAAUGCUGCAAAAGAUGGCAUGGAAGGAAUGGGUCACGGGCCGAAGCCUGGUCAGGGUCGUGGAGAAGGCAGGAGCAAUGGGCGUGGUCCUAACCCUUUCAGUGAUAUGAGAAUGCCCAUGAGACCCUCAAACCGCUUCUGCUACCCUCACCAGAUGCAGCCAAGGUUUGGUCCCCGAGGGCCCCCCCAGUUCCCCAUGAGGCCUCCAGGACCAAUGCUAGGGCCCUCUGGCUUUGGAGGACCUCCUGACAUGGGAAUGGGCAUGCAUAACAAUAUGCAUGGACCUCCAGGUAUGCCAGUGGAGCCUUACUUGUAUGAUCCGAAUACCCACUCUCAGAUGGACAUGAGUGCAGGGCCUGUGAUGGAGGCUGAGGGAUUCUCUGGUGGAUUACCUCCACCUCCUGCAGCAACUUCUUGGCCUCAUCCACCACAGUUCCAGUUUGGAGGACCACCACAAUUUGAUGGCCCCAGGGGAUCUGGCUGUUAUCCUCCUCCACCACCUCCUCCCCCAGGUGUGACUGGGCCCUCAGGAUACCACAUUCCUCCUGGUCACUUCCAAAACAUGGGUCCUCCAAGGCCUAUGAAACCUCCCCUUCAGCACCCUCAAGCAUCAGGUGGCCCCCCAAUGGAGAAUGGUGAUGGGAUGGCUGGCUGGGGCCCCCCUCCUGGAGCACCACGGCAUCCCCCUCCCCCUCCCCCUCCCCAUAUGGCCAGCCAGCUGCCUCCCCCCCAGAUGCCCUAUGACAACUCUCAGGUACCUCCCCCACCCAUGCAUCCUCCUCCUCCUCCUCGCAAUGCCAAUCCUCCUUGGAAGAAGUUUUAACUUUGUUGUUAAUUUUUUACUGAUUUUGUGAUAGGCUUCUAUAUUGAGGGAAAAUAUAUUGGCAACAGGAACCCUGAGUUCAAAAAAGAAAAAGAAAAAAUAUGUAUAUUAUUGCUAUGUAUAUAAUGAUACCUUAUGAAUAUAGAUUUAUUUUUCAGUAUUUGCUUUGAAUCUGUACCGCAUUUGCAGUGAUCAAAAAACCCGAAUACAGACCUCUCAUUUUAGAUAUGUUGCAUUCUUGUUUUCAGACAUAGCACAUUGUUCACUGCGCUGCAAUUUAUGAUCUCAGUUUUAAUUUACUUAUACGUAAAAGACUUUUACAGUGAUGGAUGGCAGUAAUGUACGUAUUUAUAGAAUCAUACACUUGUUCUAGGCAUCAUAACCAAUUUCUUGUUAUUAACUCAUUCUCAUAGGAAAUCUUAAAAUUAAUAUUUAAUAUUAUUCUGCUUGUAAUUACACCAAAUUUUAUUAAAAACAGUGUAAGUAAUCUACCAAUGUAAGCUGUGGAAAAUAUGGUUUUUAAAUUAGAAUUUAUUGUAGAUCAUUACAUUACAUUGUCAUUGAAUGUAAAAUUGAUAAGAAACGAUCACUCUCCAAUUUCCGUGCUUGUACUAUUUUUGUUAUAUAUGUUCAAAAUAAUAAGAGCUUCUGGUACUUAGCUCACUGUAUCUUGUUGAUAUUUGUAAAUACUCUGUUAUGAUUAAGGUGAAAUAAAAAGAAAAGAAAGGAA